CGGGGACAGUCUCCACCAGGAGGGGCAGACCGGCCUCCUAUGACUCCCGCUCUUUCACCAUUGCAGACAUGGGUUCCUUUUGGAGCUGGUGGACACUCUGGGCUGGAGCAACCCUUCUGUGGGGAUUGACCCAGGAGGCCUCAGUGGACCCUAAGAACAGCGGUGGGGAGGAAUUCCUCACGGCCUUCCUGCAGAACUAUGAGCCCAGUUACAGCAAGGCCUAUCUCUACCUCCUCCUCACCAGCCUGUCGGACAGCCCCACCUCAGUCUCCGUCCUCAGCCGGGUGGAUGGCACCUCACAGAAGGUCACAGUGGGGCCCGGACAGUCAGUCAUGGUCAACAUCAGCGCCAAGGCUGAGAUGGCCGGCAGCAAUACCUUCCAGCAUGCAGUGGUGGUCCACUCUGACCGCACCAUCUCUGUGCAGGCAAUAAACGCUAAGCCCUACACAGCGGAUGUGACCCUGCUGUGGCCUGUCCGUGCCCUGGGCACUGAGUACUUCGUGCUCACACCAUCUAGCACCUUGAACCAGAAUGUCAAGGAGUUUGCUGUCGUGGCUGGUGCAGCCGGUGCUUCUGUCAGUAUACAGCUGAAGGGGUUGGUGACAUUCCAGGGCAAGUCCUACCAAGCAGGCAAUGUGCUGAAUGUGACUCUGGAGGCCUACCAAGUGGCCCAGGUACAGAGCAUGGCUAACCUCUCAGGGUCAAAGGUCACCGCCAGUAGCCCUGUGGCUGUCCUCUCUGGCCACAGCUGUGCUCAGAAAAACACGAACUGCAACCAUGUGGUGGAGCAGCUGCUACCCACGUCUGCCUGGGGCACCCGCUAUGUGGUGCCCCCUCUGUCUUUCCAGACCCACUAUGAUCUGGCCUAUGUCAUGGCCAGCCAGGCCACAAAGCUGACCUACAACCUUGGGGGCACUGCUGGCACCCGUGAACUCCAGGCAGGUGACGUGGCAGAGUUUGAGAUCCAGCAGUCCCGGCCACUCUACCUGUCUGCAGAUGUGGGCAUCCAAGUCCUGCUGUUUGGCACGGGUGCCACCAAGGAUGGAAAUACCUAUGACCCCCACCUGGUUCUGCUCCCAGACGUGGCGGCCUACUGCCCUGCCUAUGUGGUGAAGAAAGUGCCAGGCUCUAAGGGUGUGGCCCUGGUGGUGGCGCCGACCGAUGCUACUGAUGAGUUGACCAUGGAUGGGCAGAGGCUGGGGGCCAAGCUCACCUGGGCCCCUGUGCCAGGCAGUGAGUUCUCAUAUGCUGAAGUGGAUCUUGGUGUUACUGACAGUAUCCACGUGGCCACAGCCACUGACAGCUUUGAGCUGCUCGUCUUCGGGCUGGACCAGCCUGUGAGCUUUGGGACAGCUGCUGCCUGCAGCCAGACCCGGAUGACCCGGGAGAGGACCUCCUGCGAAGGCAAGCAGUGCGCUUCCAGGCAGCUCUGCCAGGUGGUGGACGGGCAGGCCAGGUGCGUGGAGGCCUCUGUGGCCACCUGCCGUGCCCUGGGUGACCCCCAUUACACCACCUUCGACGGCCGCCGCUACGACAUGAUGGGCACGUGCUUGUACUCCAUGGCCGAGCUGUGCAGCGACGACCAGACCCUGCCCGCCUUCAGCGUCGAGGCCAAGAAUGAACACCGGGGCAGCCGCCGCGUCUCUUACGUGGGCCUCGUGACCGUUCGCGCCUACAGCCACGUGGUGUCGCUGGUCCGCGGGGAAGCUGGCUUCGCCCGGAUCGACAACCAGCGCUCACGCCUGCCUGCCUCCCUGGCCAAGGGCCGCCUGCGUGUGUACCAGAGUGGGACCCAGGCCAUGGUGGAGCUGGACUUCGGGCUGGUGGUCACCUAUGACUGGGAUGCCCAGCUGGCACUGACCCUACCCGUCCGCUUCCAAGACCAGGUGUGCGGACUGUGUGGCAACUAUAAUGGCGACCCCACUGAUGACUUCCUUACAUCUGACUAUGAGCAGGUUGCUGAUGUUGUGGAGUUUGCCAGUAGCUGGAAGCUGGACGACGAGGACUACCUUUGUGAGGACGGCUGCCAGGACAACUGUCCCUCCUGCACCCCCGGCCAGGCCCAGAACUACGAGGGCAGCCGUGUCUGCGGCAUGCUGACCCAGCUCGACGGCCCCUUUGCCGUCUGCCAUGAUGCCCUGGACCCUGAGCCCUUCCUGAAGGAUUGUGUGUAUGACCUGUGUGUGGUCAACGGGGACCGGGCCAGCCUGUGCCGUGGCCUCGGCGCUUAUGCCCAGGCCUGUCUGGAGCUUGGCAUCUCUGUUGGGAACUGGAGGUUGUCAGCCAACUGCCCCCUGUCCUGCCCAGCCAACAGCCGCUACGAGCUCUGCGCCCCCGCCUGCCCGACCUCCUGCAACCCCUCGGCGGCGCCAUCCAACUGCUCUGCGCGCCCAUGCGUCGAGGGCUGCGUGUGCCUCCCGGGCUUCGUGGCCAGCGGUGGCGCCUGCGUGGCGGCCUCAUCCUGCGGCUGCAUCUUCCAGGACCGCCUGCUCGCGCCCGGCCAGACAGUGUGGGGCGACACGUAUUGCCGACAGCGCUGCACCUGCGACGCCGCCACCCAGCAGAUGAUCUGCAGCGACACGCAGGGCUGCCCGACGGGCGAGCGCUGCCGCGUCCAGAACGGCCUCCAGGGCUGCUACCCCGACCGCUUUGGGAGCUGCCAGGCAUCUGGGGACCCGCACUACGUGAGCUUCGACGGCCGGCGCUUCGAUUUCAUGGGCACCUGCACAUACCUGCUGGCCGGCUCAUGCGGCCAGGUCGCCGAACUGCCCACCUUCCGGGUGCUGGUGGAAAACGAGCAUCGGGGCAGCCAGACCGUGAGCUACACGCGCUCCGUGCGCGUGGAGGCCCUUGGUGUGAAGGUGGAGGUGCGCCGGGAGUACCGCGGGCGAGUGCUGGUGGACGGCGUCCUUCAGUACCUGCCCUUCCAGGCAGCAGAUGGGCAGGUGCAGGUGUUCCGCCAGGGCCAAGAUGCUGUCGUGCGUACGGACUUUGGCCUGACUGUCACCUACAACUGGGAUGCCCAUGUGACGGUCAAGGUGCCUGGCAGCUACUCUGGGGCCCUGUGUGGGCUCUGUGGGAACUUCAAUGAGGACCCAGCUGAUGACCUGGCUCUGCGAGAUGGAGGCCAAGCUGCCAAUGCACUGGCCUUUGGGAAUAGCUGGCAGGAGGAGACGAGGCCGGGCUGUGGAGCGGCCCAGCCAGGUGACUGUUCCCAACUGGACUCCCUGAUGGCCCAGCAGCUUCAGAGCAAGAAGGAGUGUGGGAUCCUUGCUGACCCCGAUGGGCCCUUCCGGGAGUGCCACGACACGCUGGACCCACAGGGUGUUCUGCGCGACUGUGUCUAUGACCUCUGCCUGCUGCCAGGCCAGUCUGGACCACUGUGUGAUGCACUGGCCUCCUAUGCUGCUGCAUGCCAGGCCGCUGGCGCCACUGUGCACUCCUGGAGGAGUGAGGAAUUUUGCCCGCCCAGCUGCCCGCCCCACAGCCACUACGAGGUGUGUUCCUACGGCUGCCCGCUGUCCUGCGGAGACGUCCCAGUGCCCGGGGGCUGCAGCUCCAACUGCAAAGAGGGCUGCGUGUGUGACGACGGCUUUGUGCUCGACGGUGAGUCCUGCGUGCAGCUGCCCUCCUGUGGCUGCGUGUACCAGGGCGCCUACCACCCGCCCGGCCAGACCUUCUACCCGGGACCGGGUUGCGAUUCCCUUUGCCACUGCAAGGAGGACGGCCUGGUGUCCUGUGAGUCCUCCACCUGCGGCCCACACGAGGCCUGCCAGGUGUCGGAUGGUGUCCUGGGCUGCGUGGCUGUGGGCUCUGCCACCUGCCAGGCGUCGGGAGACCCCCAUUACACCACCUUCGACGGCCGCCGUUUCGACUUCAUGGGCACCUGUGUGUACGCACUGGCUCGGACCUGUGGCACCCAGCCUGGCUUGGCCCAGUUUGCAGUCCUGCAGGAGAAUGUGGCCUGGGGCAAUGGGAAAGUCAGUGUGACCAGGGCGAUCACUGUCCAGGUGGCCAACUUCACCCUGCAGCUGGAGCAGCAGCAGUGGAAGGUCACGGUGAACGGUGUGGACAUGAGGCUGCCAGUGGUGCUGGCCGAGGGCCAGGUCCGUGCCUACCAGCAUGGCUCGGAUGUUGUGAUCGAGACUGACUUUGGCCUGCGAGUGGCCUACGACCUCAUGUACAACGUGCGGGUCACCGUCCCAGGCAACUACUAUGAACAGCUGUGUGGCCUGUGCGGGAACUACAACGACGACCCCAAGGAUGACUUCCAGAAGCCCGAUGGCUCACAGGCAGGCAGCUCCAAUGAGUUCGGCAACUCCUGGGAGGAGGCAGUGCAGGACUCUCCUUGUCUGCCACCGCCCACCUGCCAGCCUGGCGGGGACUGCGACUCUGACUUUAAUUGUGAACCUGAGCUGCAGGAGAAGUACGAGCAGGAAAAUUUCUGCGGGCUCCUCACCAGCACCACUGGGCCGCUGGCCACCUGCCACGAGCUGGUGGAUCCCCAGGGUCCCUUGCAAGAUUGUGUCUUUGAUCUCUGCGUGGGGGGUGGGAAUGAGAGCAUUCUCUGCAACAACAUUCAUGCCUAUGUGAGUGCUUGCCAGGCGGCUGGAGGCCACGUGGAAUCCUGGAGGACCGAAUCUUUCUGUCCGAUGCAGUGCCCCGCUAACAGCCACUACGAGCUGUGUGCGGACACCUGCUCCCUGGGCUGCUCGGCGCUCAGUGAGUCUCCACAGUGCCCGGAUACCUGUGCCGAGGGCUGCCAGUGUGACUCCGGCUUCCUCAAUGACGGCCAAGCCUGCGUGCCCAUCCAGGAAUGCGGCUGCUUCAGCAAUGGGAUCUACUAUGAGCCCGAGCAAGCAGUACUCAUUGACAACUGCCAGCAACAGUGCGUGUGCCACCCCGGAAAAGGCCUGGCAUGCCAGAACCACAGCUGCAGUCUAGGGCAGGUGUGCGAGCCCUCUGGAGGCGUCCUGAGCUGCGUCACCAAAGACCCGUGCCACAAUGUGACGUGUCGGCCACAGGAGACGUGCAAGGACAAGGAUGGCCAGGGCGUGUGUGUGCCCAACUACGAGGUCAUGUGCUGGCUUUGGGGCGACCCACAUUACCACUCCUUCGACGGCUGGCACUUUGACUUCCAGGGCACCUGUAACUAUGUGCUGGCAUCAACCAGCUGCCCAGGAGUCAAUGCCCAGGACCUGAUACCCUUCACUGUCACCACCAAGAAUGAGAACCGGGGCAACCCUGCCGUGUCCUUUGUGAGACUGGUCACUGUGACUACCCUCAACACCAACAUUUCCAUCCACAAAGGCGAAAUCGGCAAAGUCCGGGUGAACGGUGUGCUGACAGCAUUGCCUGUUUCUGUAGCCGGUGGACAGCUUUCAGUGACCCAGGGCGCAUCAAAAGCAGUGCUGACCACCAGCUUCGGGCUGCGGGUCAGCUAUGACUGGGACUGGCGCGUGGAGGUCACGCUGCCCAGUAGCUAUCAUGGCGCGGUGUGUGGGCUGUGCGGGAACAUGGAUGGCAACUUCAGCAACGACCAAGCCUUCCCGAACGGCACACUGGCUCCCUCCAUACCCAUCUGGGGUGGCAGCUGGAGGGCCCCAGGCUGGGACCCACUGUGCUGGGACGAAUGUCAAGGAUCUUGCCCAACUUGCACCGAGGACCAAAUGGAGGAGUAUGGGGGCUCUGGCUUCUGUGGACCCCUGGCCCCUGGCACCGGAGGCCCCUUUGCCACCUGCCAUGACCACGUGGCCCCCGAUAGCUUCUUCAAGGGCUGCGUUCUGGAUGUCUGCCUGGGCGGUGGGGCCCACGACAUACUUUGCCAGGCUCUAGCCGCCUAUGCUGCGGCCUGCCAGGCAGCUGGGGUUGUCAUUGAGGACUGGAGGGCACAGGCCGGUUGUGAGAUCCCCUGCCCCGACAACAGCCACUACGAGCUCUGUGGCCCACCCUGCCCGGCCAGCUGCCCGUCUCCUGUGCCCCCCACAACCUCAGCCCCUUGUGAGGGCCCCUGCGCUGAGGGCUGCCAGUGUGACUCAGGCUUCGUAUGGAGUGCCGACCACUGCGUCCCCCUGGAUGGUGGCUGCGGCUGCUGGGCCAACGGCACCUACCACGAGCCAGGCAGCGAGUUUUGGUCUGAUGCCACCUGCUCCCAACAGUGCCAGUGUGGGCCUGGGGGUGGCUCACUGGUCUGCAAGCCUGCCAGCUGCGGGCUAGGUGAAGAAUGUGCCCUGCUGCCCUCAGGCCAGCACGGCUGCCACCCUGUCAGCACAACUGAGUGUCAGGCCUGGGGUGACCCUCAUUACAUCACCCUGGAUGGGCACCGAUUUGACUUCCAAGGCACCUGCGAGUACUUGCUGAGUGCACCCUGCAAUGAACUACCCUUGGGGGUUGAGAACUUCACCGUCACUGUAGCCAAUGAGCACCGGGGCAGCCAGGCCGUCAGUUACACCCGCACUGUCACCCUGCACAUCUACGGCCACAGCUUCACCCUCAGUGCCGGCUGGCCCCGGCAGCUGCAGGUGGACGGCCAGCUGGUGGCGCUGCCCUUCCAGCUGGAUUCGCGCCUGCACGCGCACCUGAGCGGAGCCGACGUGGUGGUGACCACCGCCGCCGGGAUCUCGCUGGCUUUCGACGGAAACAGCAAUGUGCGCCUUCACGUGCCAGCGGCAUACGCGGGCACCCUCUGUGGCCUGUGUGGGAACUACAACCAGAACCCCAACGACGACCUGAACGCGGUGGACGGGAACCCUGGCGACUGGCAGGUGGGCGGCGCUGAGGGCUGCGGGGAGUGUGUGCCCGGACCUUGCCCGGAGCCCUGCACGCCGGAGCAGCAGGAGUCCUUCGGCGGCCCCGACGCCUGCGGCGUGAUCUCAGCCACCGACAGCCCACUGGCGCCCUGCCACAGCCUCGUGCCGCCCGAGCAGUACUUCCAGGCCUGCUUGCUGGACGCCUGCCAGGCUCAGGGCCAUCCGGGAGGCCUCUGCCCUGCCGUGGCCGCCUAUGUGGCAGCCUGCCAGGCUGCUGGGGCCCAGCUCGGCGAGUGGAGGCGGCCUGACUUCUGUCCCCUCCAGUGCCCCGCCAACAGCCACUACAAGCUCUGCGGUGACUCCUGCCCUGUGAGCUGCCCCAGCCUCUCGGCGCCCGAGGGCUGUGAGCCCACCUGCCGUGAGGGCUGUGUCUGUGAUGCCGGCUUCGUGCUCAGUGGAGACACCUGCGUGCCUGUGGGCCAGUGUGGCUGCCUCCACGAGGGCCGCUACUACCCGCUGGGUGAAGCCUUCUACCCAGGUCCUGAGUGUGAGCAGCGCUGUGAGUGUGGGCCCGGUGGCCGGGUCACCUGCCAGGAGGGCAAGGCCUGCGGGCCCUAUGAGGAGUGCCGGUUACAGGACGGCGUCCAGGCCUGUUACCCUACAGGCUGUGGCCGCUGCCUGGCCAGCGGGGGCAUCCACUACGUGACCCUUGAUGGACGUGUCUAUGACCUGCAUGGCUCCUGCUCCUAUAUCUUGGCCCAGGUCUGCCACCCACAGCCUGAGGAUGAGGACUUUACCAUCGUGCUUGAGAAGAACGCAUCAGGAGAGCCCCAACGUCUGGUGGUCACUGUGGCUGGUCAGGUUGUGGGCCUGGCUCAGGGACCAAACGUCACUGUGGAUGGCGAGGCCGUAGCCCUGCCUGUGGCUGUGGGUCAUGUGCGGGUGACUGCCGAGGGCCGGCACAUGAUUCUACAGACAACCAAGGACCUGCGGCUUCUCUUUGAUGGCGAUGCCCACAUCCUCAUAUCCAUCCCUAGCCCUUUCCAUGGCCGGCUCUGUGGCCUCUGUGGGAACUUCAAUGGCAACUGGAGUGACGAUUUUGUCCUGCCCACUGGUGUCGUGGCCUCCAGCGUGGAUGCCUUUGGAACAGCGUGGCGGGCGCCCGGCUCCUCUGAGGGCUGUGACGAGGGCUGUGGGUCCCAAGGCUGCCCUGUGUGCUCGGCAGAGGAGACAGCCCCAUACGAGAGCCUCGAAGCCUGCGGGGAGCUCCGGGACCCUAACGGCCCCUUCUCAGCCUGCCAUGCAGUGGUGAGCCCCUCGGAGUACUUCCGCCAAUGCGUGUACGACCUCUGUGCCCAGAAGGGCAGCAUUGCCGUCCUCUGCCGCAGCCUAGCAGACUACAUGGCAGCCUGCCAGGCAGCUGGUGUGACCAUGAAGGCCUGGAGGACGGAUAGCUUCUGCCCGCUCCAGUGCCCUGCUCACAGCCACUACUCCACCUGCACGCGCUCCUGCCAGGGCUCCUGUGCAGCUCUCUCUGGCCUCACGGGCUGCACCACUCGCUGCUUUGAAGGCUGCGAGUGUGAUGAUCGCUACCUACUGUCCCAGGGUAUCUGCAUCCCUGUCCAAGACUGCGGCUGCACGCAUGACGGCCGGUACUUGCCGGUCAACUCCUCCCUGAUGACCUCCGACUGCAGCGAGCGCUGCUCCUGUUCCUCAAGCACCGGCCUGACGUGCCAGGCAGCCAGCUGCCCAACAGGCCAUGUGUGCAAGGUCCAGGCUGGGGUCCGGGACUGCUGGGUCUCCGACAGUCUCUGUUCCCUCUCUGUGGAUGGCAACCUCACCACUUUCAACGGGGCCCGCACUGCCGUCAGCUCCCCGGGCAUCUAUGAGCUCUCUUUCCGCUGCUCAGGACUACAGGAGACCAUCCCUUGGUACCGUGUGAUCGCUAACGUCUGGCCCUGCGAUGACAAAGCUGAAGCUGUGGGCCUUGUUCACAUCUUCUUCCGGGAUGGGCUGGUGACUGUGACCCGGAACAACAGCGUAUGGGUGAAUGGUCUCCCCGUGGAUCUCCCAGCUGAGGUGUUAACAUCUGUGUCCAUGAGUCAGAAUCCUGAUGGCUCCGUGCUAGUCCAGCAGAAGGCAGGGGUUCAGGUGCUGCUUGGCACCAAUGGGCAGCUGGCUGUGGCCGUCAGCGAUGACCACGCUGGGAUGCUGUGUGGGGCCUGCGGAAACUUAGACGUGGCCGGGACCGAUGAUGAGCAUAACUCCAAGGGGGAGACAACACUGGAGAACUGGAGAGCACAGGACUUCUCCCCCUGUCACAACUGAUCAAUCAUCUACUGGGAAUGAGGACGUCAGAACCUGAACCCCCUGGUGAUUGCAGUAAUCGAAGGGUGCACUGUGUCACUUUGUGACUGUGUGCCCCUACCCCACUCUACCCCUUUGAUGAGCCACUGAGGCCAACUGUGAAAGCAUUGAAUAAAUAUCUUAAGCUAAACUGCA